GAAGAAGAAGAAGAACUCGACUAAUGACUAAUGAUUAUUGUUUACCACGAGAUUAUCACAAACGUUUUGGAACUGCGUAUAUUUAGGGUUUAGAAAAGCAUAAAACAUUUUAAUUGAUAAGAUCGGAGAGUUGCUAUCGUCUAAUUAUAAUUAACAUAAUAUAUAGUAUACAAUACACUCAGCCUGACAUGGCUGACAUGCCUUCUCCAAAGAAGUAUGGUUUAAUAUUGCCAGACAAGUCCAAGCCACAGUUAUCUUUCAAAGCGACCAGAAAUGUUUUUGGAGAUGAUUCCGAAUCAGACGAUGACACAAACAAGAAAAAAAAUCCACCACUAGGCAUCAACGCUAAUGUAAAAAGACAGACCAAACUGACACAAGAGAAGGCUAUACUGGAAGAUCCUACUGUUUACCAGUAUGAUGAAAUUUAUGAUUCAAUGACAGUAGAUAAACAAAAUCAAGUUAAAAAGAGCAAAGAAGAGAAGAAACCCAAGUAUAUAGAAAAUUUGAUAAAAACAGCUAACAAAAGGAAAAUAGAAAAUGAAAGACGUAUAGAAAGACAGGUCCAAAAAGAACGGGAAAAGGAGGGAGAAGAAUUUGCAGACAAGGAAGUGUUUGUUACGUCUGCAUAUAAAAAGAAAUUAGAGGAAAUGAGAUUAGAAGAAGAAAAAGAAAAAUAUGAGGAGUAUUUAGAAAGUAUUGGAGAUGUAACUCGACAAAAAGAUUUAGGAGGCUUCUACAGACAUUUGUAUGAACAAAAAUUAGGAUCUGAGAAGACAGAAACUACGAAAACAUCAGAAAAUAAACCAUCUGAAAGCUCAAACGGUGAAGAUAAGAACAAGAAGGUUAACAAAGUGCAAUCAAAACAAAGGAAUUACAGAAAGAGGAAAUCUUCACAUGAUGUUAAGUUAUCAGAAGGUGAAAUUGAAGACUCAGAAGAAGAAAUAAAUCGUUGUAAUUUAGAAGAUAUCAAGACUUCCAAGAAGUCCAAGCAAGAUAAAGACAAUAUUGAUGCAGACUCUGACUUUUCUAUAGAGGAGUCUAGUGAUGAAGAAACAAAAGAAGAUGAAAAAGAAGAUAUUGAAGAGAAAGUUAAGUCUGUAGAUGUAAAAGAAAUAAAAGAGAAAAAAGAAAAAAUAAACCAAGAGGAGCCACAAACUCCGAUGUCACCAGAGAAACCCAAGAUAAAAAUUGAUAUUUGGAAGAAAAGAUGUGUUGGUGAGCUUUUUGAUCAAGCUCUUAAGAGGUAUUAUGAAAGAAAGGCGGCACGAAAUAUUUAGAAACUAUAAAAAAGAUCAAUAAUAAGAUUUAAUUUAAUAAUUUAAUUAUGUAAUAUAAAAUAUUUUUUA